CUGGCUGCGCUCUGCCUCCGUUGGCAGUGCAGGUGCCGCUGCGCCGGGGCCCGGGAGGCUGCGCGCGCCGAGACGAGAAGAGCCAGGGAGGGAUGGAGAGCGGGCCGCCCGGGCUACAGAAGCACCGGCAAGGGGCGUAGGCGGGCGAGAAGCGGGCAUUGAGGCACCAGAAGUGUGCAGACGCAGGAGCACUUUGCGAUAGGAUGAGGCUCUUGGCUGGCGCGCGGUAGUACUAUGAUUUGGUAUGUGGCCACUUUGAUAGCAAGUGUGAUCAGCACCCGAGGUCUUGUGGCUCAAGUUGCCCACGGCCUGCGAGAGGAACCCGAGUUUGUGACCGCUCGUGCCGGCGAAGGUGUGGUUCUGCGAUGCGACGUCAUCCACCCAGUGACAGGACAGCCCCCACCCUAUGUCGUAGAGUGGUUCAAGUUUGGGGUCCCCAUCCCUAUCUUCAUCAAGUUUGGCUACUAUCCCCCGCAUGUGGACCCUGAGUAUGCAGGCCGGGCCAGUCUUCAUGAUAAAGCAUCUCUGCGGCUGGAGCAGGUGCGCUCUGAGGACCAGGGUUGGUACGAGUGCAAAGUGCUCAUGCUGGAUCAGCAGUAUGACACAUUCCACAAUGGCAGCUGGGUCCAUCUCACCAUUAACGCCCCUCCCACCUUUACAGAAACACCCCCCCAGUACAUCGAGGCCAAGGAAGGUGGGAGUAUUACCAUGACUUGCACGGCUUUUGGGAACCCUAAACCCAUCGUCACCUGGCUCAAGGAAGGGACCCUCCUCAGUGCUAGUGGAAAGUAUCAGGUGAGUGACGGUAGCCUAACGGUGACGUCAGUCAGUCGGGAGGACAGAGGCGCCUAUACCUGUCGAGCAUAUAGCAUCCAGGGUGAGGCUGUGCACACAACCCAUCUGCUUGUUCAAGGGCCUCCCUUCAUUGUUUCCCCUCCUGAGAACAUCACCGUCAACAUCUCCCAGGAUGCUCUGCUUACCUGCAGGGCAGAGGCGUAUCCCGGCAACCUCACCUACACCUGGUACUGGCAGGAUGAGAACGUCUACUUCCAGAAUGACCUGAAGCUAAGGGUGCGGAUCCUGAUUGAUGGGACACUGAUCAUCUUCCGAGUGAAGCCAGAGGAUGCUGGGAAGUAUACCUGUGUCCCUAGCAACAGCCUGGGGCGUUCCCCCUCUGCCUCAGCAUACCUGACUGUGCAGUACCCAGCCCGUGUCCUCAACAUGCCCCCUGUAAUUUAUGUGCCCGUGGGAAUCCAUGGCUAUAUCCGCUGUCCUGUGGAUGCAGAGCCGCCUGCUACUGUGGUGAAGUGGAAUAAGGAUGGCCGGCCCCUGCAGGUAGAGAAGAACUUGGGUUGGACCUUGAUGGACGAUGGCUCUAUUCGCAUUGAGGAGGCCACAGAGGAGGCUCUUGGCACUUACACCUGUGUGCCUUACAACACUUUGGGGACCAUGGGCCAGUCUGCCCCUGCCCGGCUCGUCCUGAAGGACCCCCCGUAUUUCACGGUGCUACCCGGCUGGGAGUACAGGCAGGAGGCUGGCCGGGAGCUGCUCAUCCCCUGUGCAGCUGCAGGGGACCCCUUCCCUGUCAUCACCUGGAGGAAGGUAGGGAAGCCCAGCAGAAGCAAGCACAACGCACUGCCCAGCGGGAGUCUGCAGUUUCGUGCCCUGAGUAAGGAGGACCACGGGGAGUGGGAAUGUGUUGCCACCAACGUGGUCACAAGCAUCACUGCCAGCACCCACCUCACUGUCAUCGGCACCAGUCCCCAUGCCCCAGGCAGUGUCCGGGUCCAUGUCUCCAUGACAACUGCCAACGUGUCCUGGGAGCCAGGCUAUGAUGGAGGCUAUGAGCAGACAUUCUCAGUUUGGUACGGACCUCUGAUGAAGCGGGCUCAGUUUGGGCCCCACGACUGGCUGUCCUUGUCAGUGCCACUGGGCCCCAGCUGGCUGCUGGUAGACAGCCUGGAGCCUGAGACCGCAUACCAGUUCAGUGUCCUGGCCCAGAACAGGCUGGGGACCAGCGCCUUCAGUGAGGUGGUCACUGUGAACACUUUAGCAUUCCCUGUUACAACUCCAGAACCCCUGGUGCUGGUGACCCCACCAAGGUGCCUCACAGCCAACCGGACCCAGCAGGGUGUGCUCCUGUCCUGGCUCCCUCCUGCCAACCACAGCUUCCCCAUUGACCGCUACAUCAUGGAGUUCCGAGUUGGGGAGCGCUGGGAGAUGCUAGAUGAUGCCAUACCAGGCACCGAUGGAGAAUUUUUUGCCAAGGAUCUGUCACAGGAUACCUGGUAUGAGUUCCGGGUUUUGGCUGUCAUGCAGGAUCUGAUCAGCGAGCCCAGCAACAUCGCCGGUGUCUCCAGCACAGACAUCUUCCCGCAGCCGGACCUGACCGAUGAUGGGCUGGCCCGGCCAGUGUUGGCUGGGAUAGUGGCCACCAUCUGCUUCCUGGCGGCUGCUAUCCUCUUCAGCACUCUGGCUGCCUGCUUUGUCAACAAGCAGCGCAAACGCAAACUCAAGCGGAAGAAAGAUCCUCCGCUGUCCAUCACUCACUGUAGGAAGAGUCUUGAGUCUCCCUUGUCCUCUGGCAAGGUGAGUCCUGAGAGCAUCCGCACACUCCGUGCCCCGUCUGAAUCCUCUGACGACCAGGGCCAGCCAGCAGCCAAGAGGAUGCUGAGCCCUACAAGGGAGAAAGAGCUGUCCCUGUACAAAAAAACCAAGAGGGCUAUCAGCAGCAGGAAGUACAGCGUGGCCAAGGCUGAGGCCGAAGCAGAGGCCACCACACCCAUUGAACUGAUCAGUAGAGGCCCGGAUGGCCGCUUCGUCAUGGGCCCGUCGGAGAUGGAGCCCUCUGUGAAGGGCCGGCGAAUCGAAGGCUUCCCCUUCGCUGAGGAGACGGACAUGUACCCUGAGUUCCGGCAGUCAGAUGAGGAGAAUGAAGACCCACUGGUGCCCACGUCUGUGGCUGCUCUGAAGCCUCAACUGACCCCUAUGUCUUCCAGCCAGGACUCUUACCUGCCACCACCAGCAUACAGCCCUCGGUUCCAGCCUCGAGGGCUCGAGGGCCCCAGUGGACUGGGAGGACGACUCCAGGCUACUGGCCAAGCGAGGCCUCCUGCCCCUCGGCCCUUCCAGCAUGGCCAGUAUUAUGGGUACCUCAGCAGCAGCAGCCCUGGGGAGGUGGAGCCUCCACCCUUCUAUAUGCCAGAAGUGGGCAGCCCCUUGAGCUCAGUCAUGUCGUCCCCACCCCUGCACACCGAGGGGCCUUUUGGCCACCCCACCAUCCCUGAGGAAAACGGAGAGAAUGCUUCUAACAGCACUUUGCCCUUGACUCAGACACCUACAGGAGGGCGCUCCCCUGAGCCCUGGGGCCGGCCAGAAUUUCCCUUUGGGGGACUGGAGACCCCAGCUAUGAUGUUCCCCCACCAGCUGCACCCCUGUGAUGUGGCCGAGAGUUUGCAGCCCAAGCCCUGCCUGCCCCGAGGACUGCCCCCAGCCCCGCUCCAGGUGCCUGCAGCCUAUCCAGGCAUGCUGUCUCUGGAGGCACCAAAGGGCUGGGUAGGCAAGUCACCUGGCAGGGGUCCCAUCCCGGCGCCCCCUGCCACCAAGUGGCAGGAAAGACCUAUGCAACCUCUGGUCAGCCAAGGGCAGCUAAGACAUACCAGCCAAGGUAUGGGGAUACCGGUGUUGCCUUACCCGGAGCCAGCCGAGCCCGGGGGGCACGGUGGCCCCAGCACAUUUGGCCUGGACACUCGGUGGUAUGAGCCCCAGCCCCGGCCCCGGCCCAGCCCCCGGCAGGCCCGGCGUGCCGAGCCCAGUUUACAUCAAGUGGUGCUACAGCCCUCCCGGCUCUCACCUCUGACCCAAAGCCCCCUUAGUUCCCGCACUGGCUCCCCUGAGCUCGCUGCUCGUGCCCGACCUCGACCAGGCCUCUUGCAGCAGGCAGAGAUGUCAGAGAUCACCCUGCAGCCGCCAGCCGCGGUCAGCUUCUCUCGCAAGUCAACACCAUCAUCCACGGGAUCUCCUUCACAGAGCAGCCGCAGUGGGAGCCCCAGCUACAGGCCCACAAUGGGCUUCACUACUCUGGCCACAGGCUACCCUUCUCCGCCACCUGGCCCUGCCCCUCCGGCGCCAGGGGACAACUUGGAUGUGUUUGGACAGACGCCUUCCCCUCGGAGGAUGGGGGAGGAGCCACUCCGGCCAGAGCCCCCAACAACCUUACCUACUUCAGGAAUACUUCCACCUGCACCCGGGAACGCUGCUGUGCCUGAGAGGCUGGAGGCUCUGAGAUACCAACGGAUAAAGAAGCCCAAAAAGUCAUCCAAGGGCUCUUCGAAGUCAAAGAAACGAUCCGACGGUUCUGCCUCCCAGGAUCAGCAGCUUCCCAACUCUCAGGUUCUGUGGCCCGACGAAGCUGUCUGCCUCAGAAAGAAGAAGAGACACUCUCGUCCUGAUCCCUUUGCCCGGCUUUCAGACUUGUGCCACCGUCAGCUUCCAGAAGACCAGACGGCCAUCCUCAACAGCGUGGAUCAUGAUGACCCAGGCCACGCUACUCUGCUAUGACUUGACACCAUUCUAAAUGUCCCCAGGGUGGGGUGCUGGGCUAAAGGGGGCAGAGAGGGACCAUUGUACAGGGCCUCUGCCCAUCAUGGGAUGGCUCAGGCCCCUGACCUGUAUGUAUUCCCUCAUGCCACACACUAUCUAGCCAGCUAGCCUUGCCCAUGGGACAGAGGACUAGGGGAAGAGCUUUUAACUGUGGGUCAGAGUUGGGAGUAUGUGGGGAUAGAAGACAUCUGUCUCUACGCCACCUCUCCCUCUUUACUAGAUUGGUUCUUCUCACCUCUUCCAACGUCUUAGGAAGUGAGGAAACGGAAAGCAAUGGCUUUUAGUAAUGCAUUUGUUUCACUUUUCCAAGUCCUGGGAGGGGGUUAGAGUUAUAUCCGACCCUCCUAACUCCACAUAUAUAUAGAUAUAGAUACAAAUGCA